AUUAGCCGUCAAUCUUUUUCAGUGUUUGAAGUGAGGGUGGGACUAGCAUGACGCAUUAGGGUUAAUAAGUGUGGCAGACCAUGCAUGCCAAGGCAACGUUUCAUUUGACAUGUCAGCGUCUGUGUCGUUUGGAUGACGACUUGUUGCCAGGUGAUGGAACAUACAUAAGGAAUGGGUUUGUCUACUCCAGCUUAGCAGGGUUUUUAAGAACAGGACAGCACCAAGGCAAGAAGACAUUGGAAGUGUAUACAGUGACACUGAAGAAUAUGGUGCCUUCAGUUGAUGCUCUAGUCACAGGAAGGAUAACGAAUGUUAAUCCUCGAUUCUGCAAGUGUGCAAUCUUGAGUAUUGGGAAGACUCCACUUCGAGAAACAUUCCGUGGAAUGAUCAGAAAAGAAGAUGUCAGAGCCACUGAAAAAGACAAAGUAGAAAUGUACAAAUGUUUUCGUCCUGGUGAUAUUGUCAUAGCCAAAGUUCUGUCUCUUGGUGAUGCUCACUCAUACCUGCUGAGUACAGCAGAGAAUGAACUUGGAGUUGUGGUAGCAAACAGUGAAGCAGGUGUGCCCAUGGUACCCAUAAGCUGGUGCAAAAUGCAGUGUCCAAAAACUCUGCAAGAAGAACACAGGAAAGUGGCCAAAGUUCAGUCUUGCUAUACAGAAACUGUGCCAGCAUGACAUUCCCUCAAAAUACUGAAACUGUAAAUAAAUUCUUUUUUCAAAAA